CCAAACAGACUGAGCAGACAAAGGUCUCCUCUUCAGACCACGCUGAGGCCAUUGGGUGCUGUGAUGCAAGCCAGAGGUUUGCUUUUCGAGCUUUGCGUCAUGACUGCGCAGUAAUGGCAACAGUGACGAUCUCGAAGCUCCGCUGCGCCAUCACUAUUAGAGUUGCAGUCGUCUAAAUGCUGUGGAUUCAACUUUCAACGAAGAAUGUUUUGGGGCUCAUACCUCGUGACCAGCUCUUGUCCGUUAAGGUCACAUCUACGACUGAAUGUGUCUACCUGUACCCACGCUCGAUGGCUUUUGAAUGGAUUUAGGCUUGAAGGCGUCAAUGGAAAACGGACAUUAUGGUUACUCUCCACAGAGACUGCAUCCUGUCCAACAAAACCAUCUCUUUUUAACUCACAAUGUGACAGUGAAGUAAGGGAAGAGGCCUCAUUACGAAACCUGAAAUCCACAGAUCCGGCCAAGUCUCCUUCGAAGCACAAGAAAACUGUGAAUACUCAGGACCGCUUAUCAAGCACAACUUGCCAUCUACCUCGAAGCAGAUUUGGGGUUAUUUGUCAUGCUUUACACAAUUUAAACAAUACAAUUUACUGUCGUCAUUCCUGCUUCAGAAAGAUGACAGCUGUUAGCGCUUUGCAGUGGUUAGAAAAUGUUCACAGUAGAGUACAAGCCUACAGCCUCUCUUCUCAUCAAACCAGAGCAGUUCAUGGAGUCUGGAGUCAGUGUCUCGCUCUGGAAAAUGAAAAUAGGUGUCGACGGGACCUGGCGCCCAAUUUGAAGAUGUAUAAUGUGGAGACGGGGAGAAGAGGUCAGAGCCAAGGAAAGAAUCAGGGGAGAUGGGCGUCCAUUCUGGUGUCACUCUGCAGUGUAGGGGGAGAAGCAGCAUUUCUCUUCACGCUGCGCUCCAGCAUGUUGCAGGGCAGGCACAAGGGAGAUGUCAGCUUUGCAGGGGGAAAGAGUGACCCGUCAGACAGUGAUGUGGUGGCCACUGCGCUGAGGGAGGCCAGGGAGGAACUUGGCAUUAACGUGUCAACAGAAAGUGUAUGGGGAGUCCUCAAGCCUCUCAGGGACAAGUCAGGGAUGUUGGUGGCUCCUGUGUUGGCUUACGUCGGCCCUCUUGAGGAGCUGUCCUUCAAACCAAAUCCCGGAGAGGUGGAGGAGAUUUUUAAUUUGUCUUUGUCCCAUUUAUGUGACCCUCAAAACCGCGGGUACACGCACUUUCGCACAGGGGACAAGUAUGGAUACACCCUGCCAGUGUUUCGUAAUGGGAAGCAUCGUGUGUGGGGCCUCACCGCCGUUGCCUUAGAUCAAACCCUAAAACUUCUGAUUCCGUCACAUCUGCAGUGAAGCUCAUUCAUUGUUUUGCUCAGAGUUCAUAUUUACUAAUGUGCAAUCAAGCUUCAACUGUUUGGUUUUUUUUUCUGGACAUUUUUACUUGUUUUGCCAGAGUUUCUUUGAUUGAAGUCAACCACAUGCAAGCAACAGUUUUAUGAGUUGUGACACAUCUUGCAAUAAGGUCAUCUGCUGACUGAUGGAAUGGAAUGAAUUGAUUAAAUGAGUUCCCAUUGGUUGUAUAAGUUAAUAAGACAAUUUGUGUGCUCAAUGAUUCACAGCUAUUUAUUUUCCCUGAUAGUGUUUUUUACCUCACAUAAGCUCAAACCUCAAACCGUUUAAGAUCAUAUAUCACGAUGUGGCAUGUUCAAGCACAAAUGCAUUAAAGAUCAUCUGAACACA